AUGCUUAAUUUAAAAACAAAAUAGCAUCCACUCUCAACUUAAAAAAGACAAUAUUGGACUCCAAAUGAAGACAAAUUAUUAUAAAAGGCUGUAAAGUUGCAUAAUUCGAAUUGGAAAACAAUCGCUGAGUAUUUUGUUGGAAGAAAUGGAAGUUAAUGUUCAUAAAGAUGGAAAAGAAUUAAACCUCAAGUAGUAAAAUAUGGAUUCAUAAUUUAUUAGUUUGAGAAAAAAAAAUUCUGGACCCCAGAAGAGGAUAAAUUUCUAGAAAGUCUUAUAUAAAAGUAUCAGUUUGAAUGGAAAACAAUCACAAGUUACAUGGAUGGUAGAUCAUCCAAAUAAGUUCGGGAACGUUAUAUCAAUCAUUUAGACCCUCUAAUUAAUAAGAAACCAUGGACUUAGGAGGAAGAUCAAUAAUUAUGGGCAUUAUAUUAAUAAUUUGGACCAAAAUGGUCAAAUAUUUCUUAAAUUCUUUAAGGUAGACCGGUAUUAUUCUAAUCUUUAAUUGCUUAGGAGAAUUCAAUAAAGAAUAGAUAUUAUUGGCACGUUAGAAAAUUCUAUGCAUAAGAAGAAAAUCCAUAUUAUGUUGUUCCUUAGAUGAGAAGAAGUAUUGAAAAAGAUGAUGAAUAAGAUUAGAGUUAGAAUAAUCUACCUUGCAGCUCCAAGAGCAAAAAAUUGAAAAAAUAUCAUCAUAGUAAUAUUUAGAUACAUCUAAAAAUUAGAAAAUUAAUAAAUUGCUUUUUAAAGUCCUAAUGCAUUAGAAAUUAGUUUUUAGAGAAAUAUAAUAUAAGAGCAAAGUCAAAGUGAUAUAAAAAAUAGAGAUUUAAAGAAUGUUUAAGACUUUUAGGAAUAGUAGAUGGACAAUUAAUUUUGUUAGGAAUUACUCAAAAGUGUUACAUUAGAAUAAGGGGAAGAAGAAUCAAUUAUGUAAAUAGAAAAUUGGGUUUAUACAUAAGGUUUUGAAUUCAAUUUAUUGCAGAAUUAGCUACAGAUUUAAAACUGCAAUUAGUAAGAAGAUAUUUUUGAGGUUGAGAGUUUAAGAUGA